UGUCUGCUCUGAUUCGAUACACGCCGCAGGGAAGCUGGGCCAGGGGGCUGUGUGUGCCCAGGGCUGCGCAGAGUGAGUGCACCCACAAACUUUGUUCAGUGCCUCUGCCCCAGCCCUGCACUCUCGGUUCCUGGGUGCUCUGGUUGGAAGUAUGUCCACGGAUGAGGUGUACGUCCUCCGUCCCUUCAAACUCAUCGCCCUCUGCUGCAUUUUCAUUGGCUUGGCGCUGGAUGUGGUGGCCCUCCUGAGUCCUGCCUGGGUCACCUCGGACUACUACUCGCUGUCCUUAUGGGAAGUGUGCAAGCAGUCCACGGACAUGUGGCACUGCCUGUCCACCCUCAAGACAGACUGGCAAGUGGCUACACUGGUGUUAAUUCUGACAGCAGCUACGAUCACUCUCCUGUCCUUCCUCAUCUCUCUGAUCUCAUUCUGCUUGGAGAUCUACUGGCAGUACUACAGAGUGGUUGCUGUUCUUCUUUUUGCUGCAGUGGUACUACAGAUCUGUGCCUUGAUUCUCUAUCCAAUCAAGUUCAUUGACAGUAGCAUGUUGAGGAGCUACCACGAAUUCAACUGGGGCUAUGGCCUGGGCUGGGGAUCUGCCAUCUUCAUGCUGGGUGCAGCCAUCCUCUACUGCCUACGCACGGACAUUUAUGAGGGUGCCUACUACUAGGCAGGGGAGGUUAGCCACUUCAGAUUAUGGACUAUAACUAGAUUGCCUGGACCAGUGUGGGAGGGGUGGGCAAGGGUGGUUAUGGGGUUCUUGGGUAUAUUGGAGCACCCAUUUCCUAAGAUACUGAAGAACAAGCUCGGCAGUAAGCAAACUGUGUUUAUGAACAAGAUGGCUAUGAAGAUCUGACAUUCAUUAAGGGAUCAGAGCAAUGGAGUGAAGUAAGUAAUAGCUCCUCAGAAUAAUCAGCUGGUUUCUGUAUCCCUCAUGGCUUGAUCUGUGUUUUUUUUCAUUGUUAUUAUUUUUGUAACACAGGUAGGAACAGUGAGGUGACUUUAGGAAGUGAUUUUCAUUGUUUCAUGAAGGAAGUCAUUCGUUAUUUCUUUCCUUCUGACAUAUUUAUCACAUUAAUGACAACUUGGAAAUUUGUAAUAUGGGUUCAGGGUUAUCUGUGCACAUGAGCUGAGAAUGAAGGUCACAGAGAAGCCGGGGUGCAACGUUAAGAGCUACUGGGUCUUAUCUUUUGGUGGCUGCACUCUGCAGACUGUGUUCUGAUGCCGAGAAAAAUAAACGAAAAGGCCUACCUCA